AAAUAAUACAGAUAAUUUUGCCAUUGCGAUUUUAAACAAAACACGUGUUAUUUAUGUUUAUAAAACUUUGUAUAAAAAGUUAUUAUUAAAAAUGCAACACGAUGAUGUUGUAUGGGCAAUUAUCAACAAGAGACACUGUUCACAUAAAGUAACCACUAAGACUCAACAAUUCUGUCGCAAUGAAUAUAACCUAACCGGAUUGUGCAGUAGAGCUUCUUGCCCACUUGCUAACAGCAAAUAUGCAACUAUUAAAGAAGAAAAUGGUAUCAUAUAUUUGUAUAUGAAGACAGCUGAAAGAGUAAUGUUUCCAGCCAAACAGUGGGAAAAAGUGAAAUUAUCACGUAAUUUUGAGAAGGCAAUAUAUCAAAUUAAUGAGAAUCUCCUGUACUGGCCCGCAUUCAUAAAAGCAAAAUGUAAGCAGAGAUUUGUCAAAAUAACACAAUAUCUGAUACGGAUGAGAAAACUAAAAUUGAGAAGAGUUAAAGAGUUAGUUCCAAUACAACGCAAGAUAGAACGGCGCGAGAGAAGAAGAGAAGAGAAAGCAUUGGUAGCUGCAAGAAUAGAUAAUGCAAUAGAAAAACAACUUCUAGAAAGGUUAAAGAAGGGCACUUACAAUGACAUAUACAACUUUCCUCAAAUGGCAUUUGAUGCUGCACUCAAAGCAGAAGAGAUAUCAGGUGAAAGUGAGAGUGAGAAAGAAGAUGAAGAUGAAGUCGAAGUUGAGAUGGAGAUGGAACCAGAACUGGAAAAGGAAUUGGAAAAAGCUGUGGAAGACACCAAUGAAUUUGUAGAAGCCGACAGUGAUAUGGAUACUGAUGAGGAGAGUGAUUCUGGUAGAAAAGAAAAUGUAGAUGUUGCAAGUGAUUUUGAGUCAGACACAUCUGAUAUUGAGGACGUCGCCCAAAAGAUUGUGAGCAGAAAGAAGCCACGUGUAGAAAUUGAAUAUGAAACAGAAACUGUGGGAAACCUGUCUAAAAAGAAAAUAAAGCGCUAAUGUUUAUGUGAA